AUAAGCUGGGCUCGUUCAGCACUUCCUUGUGUUCUUUUCUUUCCUCUUCACACCAGUCAAAGGCCAGUCUUUCAUUCCAGUCGUUCUUUCUCAACCCACCUGCUUUACGCAGUCAUUCAUUCUUUUUUACAAACCCAACUUUACAACAGUCACUCCUUCUUUCUUUCAAACCCCAAAUAAACCAAAUUCGUCACAAUGAAGUUCACUGGAAUCGCCGCUAUGCUCGCCGUUGUCACCGCUGUGACCGGCGCUGCCAUCCCCAACGUCAACGGUGCUCUCGCCGAGGUUCACCAGGUCACUGGUGACGUCCAGGGUCUCCUCUCCAAGGCCCUCGGCACCAAGGACGAGGCUCAGGUCAACAAGCUCGUCUCUCAGCUCCAGAGUGUCGAGAAGGCUCUCAAGAACCUCUCCAGUGGUGAGGAGAAGCGUCAGCUCCUCGACGUUGGUGUCGGCGCCAAUGUCAACGUCAAGCGUGACGAGGGCCUCAGCGAUAUCCCCCUCGUUGGUGACCUUCUCCAGCGUGACGAGGGCCUCGUCGAUCUCCCCGUCGUUGAUGGCCUCCUCCGGCGUGACGACGCCAUCUCCGGCCUUGCCGAGCAGAUCACUCCCCAGGUCACCAAGGUCGUUCAAGACCUCAACGUCCAGCAGGUCACUGGUCUCCUGAACGUCCUCAACGUCAACGGCCUCCUCACCAACGUCGAGUCCGUCCUCGACAACCUUCUCGGUGGUGGUCUCCUCAAGGGCCUCACUGGUGGUCUCCUCGGCGACCUCCUCAAGCGUGACGACGCCAUCUCCAGACCUUAACGUCCAGCAGGUCACUGGUCUCCUGAAAAUCCUCAACGUCAACAACCUCCUGACUGGCGUCGAGGGGUCUCACCGGCAACCUCCUGUAAAUAAGAAGAUCUUUACGCAUGUGAAGAGGAUUGUUUAAGGUCUUUUGUUGAGCAGGACAUACUUACCUUCUAAUAUUAUACCACUUUUGCUUUUACAAAUUUUCUUUUU